GCUGACCCAGAGUCAAGAUGUAAACUCCGUGUGCAAUCUUUUAACGUGCACCUGUAUAGUAGCAAAUACCGCAGGAUUUGUUGUGCAAGGACAAAACCUUUUCCAGUUUAUUAAGCAAACUGGGUAAUUUGGAUUUGAGUAAGUGAUAAUACAACAACACAAAAUUGUGCUUGGCAUCCAUAUCCCCCAUUAAUUCGAGGUUCAAAAUUAUAUAAUUUCGCUGCUGCAAGAAUUAUAAGAUAAGUUUUGUAACGAAAUUAUAUAGGAACAUUUGUUCGCCCAAAUUUUGUGUUAAUAAUAAUUAACAAUUUUAAGAUGAUAUCCCCAAUUCCUGUUCUAUCUAGUUCCAAGUUUUUGGAACCACCACGUAAAAAGGAUUAUAUAAAUUUAUUUAAUCCCGUCCUAAAAACAAAGUUGUUAGUGAAGAGGCGAAAUAAUUUGUCUAGUAAUUUGUGCAGAGUGGUUGGCGCCGUCGACGCCGACUGCUUUGAGGUCCAAAUCUACCAGCAAUAUCCUCAAUACCAACACACGAAAGGAUUUCCUACAGUCUUGGCAUUAGAGACGGGAAGAAUCGUAUCAAGAUCCCACGAGGCUAAAGAUCUCGGAAUAUCUAGAAAUCUAAAAGUCCACCAGGCUAAACAAAUUUGUCCCGACCUUCACGUUAUUUAUGGAAAGAAAAAAUUUGGAAAGCAUGACACCACCGAAAAGGAUGCAAUCAGUGACAAAAUCCGUGAGGCUGCUCUUUCAUUCAGGGAAGACCUGAUAGAUUCAACUUAUCUGGACGAGGUGGACAUUCCAAUUCAUCGAACUGGCUGUGACGAAUUCCUCAUUGACCUCACCCAACUCGUCACACUACUAAUUGACCAUGAUUAUCCUCUUCAAAUUGAUGCGACCCACAGGAUUUUCAUGGAGGGACGCCGCUCCACGUAUAAUGGAGAUGGGCUUACCAAUCGAAAUGUUUACUAUUAUUCGAUUCGUCACCAUAAAUAUUAUGAGGAAGUGAGGUUGGCGUAUGGACUCCAAAUUGUGGAUAAGUUAUGCCAACAUAUACUCAAAGAGACGAAGAUCGUUUGUUCAGGUGGCGUUGGUUCAAAUAAAGUGCUCUCUAAAUUAGCGUGCAGUAUUCAUAAACCCAACGCCAUAACGGCAUUAACUCGACGUGGAUUUUAUCGCAUCUCUUACCGUAUUCCAUUCAGAGAUGUUUCCGGCUUUGGAAAUAUGCUUGGCCUGCAAUUACAUACCCUCUUUGGGAAUUUAAGUGUACACAAAAUGUGGAAAUGUUGGAUUAAAAAUUUUAACAAUGUGAAAAGUUAUGUGGGCAUCGAGAGAGCUGAGAAAGCAGGAAGACUGCUAUUUGGGAUAUGUCACGAUCCCAUAACUCCCAAACUUAUGAAUGUAGGUUUAAACUGUGGGAAAGGAAAUCUAGAUAUUCGUUCCGAAUCAGAAUUCAAAGCAGAACUGAACCAUCGUGUCCAAAAUAUGCUGGCCAAGAUGCAGCUCGACAAUACAGCAAACAAAAGAAACCAUACUGAACUUAAGAUUCAAUACCGUUACGACCGGUGUCGUACAAGGAGCUUUCCGAUUGACUUAAAUGCCGUGGCGUUUGCUCCAGAUCAGAAGGGGGUAUUUUAACGGAGUGAGAAAAGCCUCUUUGACCUUGCAGUGUUCCAAUCAAUAUCAAAUAAUCCAGAUUUUCAAAAUGACUGUGCUCUGAUAAUUGAUUGGAUGAAUUUCAAAGCAACUGGGAUUGUAGAAAAUCAAAACGUGGAGUAUUAAUCAAAACCCUUCAUAUCCAUAAACUGACACCUAUUUUAAUAAUUAUAUAUAUUUAAUUUGCACCAGAUAAUAGAAUUUUAGGUUACUCAUCAUAUAAAGUUUUACCGUUUUGUAAAAUUACAAUCCUUAUUAAAAUUUAGACUAUGAUAAUUGCAAUGCUGUACUAAUGGAACGUCAAUAAAUUUAGUGUGGCACGCAAAAAUGUCAAUUUUUCA